AUGCAUUGGAGUUUAACUCAGUUCACACCUGCUUCAAUGGAGAUUUCGGCUCGAAACACUGGCGAACGAGUAUUCUCGAUCAUGAUCCUCUUCUUUGCGCUCAUCGUUUUCUCCUCCGUGAUCGGCCAGGUGACCAGUUCUAUGAUGUCUCUUCAGAACAUGCAGGCCAGCAGCAGAAAGCAGUUUUGGCUCCUCCGGCGCUUCCUGAACGCUCGCAAGGUGCCCAAGAAGAGCCGCAGUCGGAUCAUCCGCUUCCUGGAGCAGCGCGUGCCGAAAGAAAGUCAGAAAGUGCAGCAGAGGGACAUCAAGAUCCUAUCUCUGCUAUCGGAGCCCUUGAAGGACUUGCUCGCUUGGGAGCUUCAUCGAAGGCUUCUUGGGCGCCAUCGGCUCUUCUACAUACUUCAUGGGGCCAUCGAGGCCAUGAUGAUGAGGGUGUGCAGCGUCGCCGUCUCCGAGUCGACCUUGGCAGAGCAGGAUGAACUCUUCCGUGCCGGUGAGAGCGCCUCGCACAUGACGUUCGUCCUUUCGGGGCACUUCCACUAUCAGCCGGGUGCUCGUGAUGUAUCGCAGCGGCCAGAUCUCGAUGCCCUGAUAGUCAGAGGUGCUGCCAAAGCCACCAGAAGCACAGGCUUGCAUGUGGACGGUAUGACCUGGCUUGGUUUGUUCGUUGUGCCAGACCCUUCAACAAAUUUAGAAUAUUGA